UUAUCCGAAAAAAAAGGAAGUGGUCAGUGGUCCGGUAACCGGACCUCUAGACCGGGAGUCUCGAGGUCCGGUAAUCAAUAUACAUCUACUGUUUUGCAAUGUAUUACUGGUGUAUAAGAAUUGAUAGUGUAAUGUAACAUACAUGUGACAGUAAAUAUGCAGAAGGGGAAAAUCGACAAUUCACUACCACUAGAACAUUUCCUUAAACCUAGGAAAAUCAGUAAUCAAAAUGCAGUUUACCGUUUGAGGCACAGAGAAACACAUAUUGGAAAGCCAGGAACUCAUUUUCAUCGAGCAAGGAAAUUUUACACAAACAUUUUCCCGAACUUUACUGUGGUGAAUGUUGAAAAGCCACCAUGCUUCCUGAGAAAAUUUUCAUCAGAUGGCAGGUAUUUCAUAGCAUUCUCAUCUGAUCAGACAUCUAUUGAAAUUUAUACAUUCGAAGGAUCGGCUGCAGCUGAGACAUUGAUGAAAAAUCUAAAAGGAGACAUUGCUGCUGCAACGUCAGAUUCACAUACUACUGAAAUACGAGGAAAACUUUUUGAGAAAUUUUUCAAAUUGAAAUGUACAGCUUUAGUAGCUACGAAUGGAGGACAUCUGAAUAGGGAGUGUAGUCUUUUUACUGACGAUGGAAAAUUUGUGAUUGUGGGCUCGGCGCAGAAUGUGCCGGAGGAACCACACCCAUUAUUUUUUGAGACCCAUAGAAAUAAUGAGGCAGUGAAUGCAACUCCACGAUCACCUUUAGAAGACUACUGUCUACAUAUAGUAGAACUAGAAACGGGUCAUUUAUGCGACUCUCGGAGUUUUAAAUAUGACAAAAUAUUUUUAUCGCAUAAUCAAGGCUUAUACUUGUACAAGAACACAUUAGCCGUGUUGUCUGUGUUACAGCAGACUAUACAUAUAUUUCAUGUAACGCCUAAUGGAGAAUUUAUUGAUGUAAGAAGUAUAGGGAGAUUCUGUUACGAGGAUGAUGGCCUUUACUUCGAUAUUUUUCAUGAUUCUGCAGGCAGGUCAUCACAAACACAGUACAUGGAGAAAACUAUGAACAGUUUGAAACAUCGCCUUCUUGUCUUCUUGUAUACCAAGGCCAAGUGUAGCGGCUCGAUGUAUGAGCUGCGGAAAUUUUACCAGUACUUUGAACAAUUCGCAGCACUUAAAAUGUGGAAAAUGCAACUUUUAGAUGAAAAUCAUCUUCUAAUAAAAUACGCAAGUGAGGAUGUUGUAACGCUAAAAAUAUCUGACCCAAAUUCUCAGCCAUCAUUUUUUGUGGUGUAUAAUAUGGCUACAACAGAAGUUAUAGCAGUGAACGAGAAUACGUCAGAAGAUUUGCUCGACCUUUUUGAAAAUUUCUGUGAUAUGUUUCGUAAUGCUACACUGCACACGGAGGCUCAGUUCACUUGUUCGUCAUCAAGUAAUAUAUAUGCCAGACAGAUCCAGCAAAGAUUUAAACAGACUAUUAUCAAUGCCAAAUUUGGAGGAAAUACAGAGGCUGUGAAGCGACUUCUGGCUCAGUUACCGAUCAGUGCCCAGUCAUACAGCAGUAGUCCUUACCUCGACCUUGCUUUAUUUAGCUAUGAUGACAAGUGGGUGUCGGUGAUGGAGCGGCCAAAACCAUGUGGGGACCACCCUAUCAGGUUUUAUGCAAGAGACUCGGCCCUUCUGAAGUUCAAGAUUUAUGCAGGUGUAUUAGGGAAGAAUCCCCCACCAACAGCUAGACGUCUUGUAGCUUUCACUUUCCACCCUAGUGAACCUUUCGCCAUCAGUGUGCAAAGAACAAACUCUGAAUAUGUAGUCAAUUUUCAUAUAAGACAUAUGUAUGUACCCCAUUGACGGUGAUACAUAUGAAAUUAACUAUACACUUGAAGACCAAAGAAGUUUCUAAUAGGUAUUCUUACUGAUACACAGCACAGAAUGAUAAUUCAUUGUUUAUUGCUAUCUCAGUGAAGUGAAAAUCAGUAUUAUUUAGUUGAUAUUAUGUCCAUUUUGGUAGCCUAUACAUUGUAUGUUUUGUAUUGUUCUGUGUGACUGGGGAGUCUGUGGCAAAGGUUGCUGACCUAGACUCACUUGUCUCUUCUUUGUGCAUUCAAACAUAUCAUGAGGUGGAGAAUUCCUUCAUGUUUUUAGCAAGUCAUCCAGCUGACUUAUGGAAGGUUGAUAGUACUUAUAGCUGUUCUACUCUGGUUAAACCUUGUCAUGCUGGACACAAUUGAUUCAGCCUUUGCGACCAGUGUGGAUCAUGGUCAGCCUGCACAUCCAUGCAGUCAGAUCAAGAUCUGCACUGUUUGCCAUUCAGCCGGUAUUGUUUUGGUAAGUAGCCCUUUUAACAGUAAUGGUACUUUCCAAAGUUCAUUAUAGAAAUUUAGCAGGGUAAGGGUUAAUAUCUGUGCCUGAAAUAUUACCUGGAGCACCAACAUAAGUCUUUCCCAAGUUCCCAACCAUCAAAAGCUGUAAAGUUUCCAUAUGAUCUCAUUUAUGAUGCCGAAUGGUUAAGGUGGCUGACUCUGAAUCACUUGCCCCUCACUGUUGUGAGUUUGAACCUCAUUUGGGGUGUUGAAUUUUUCAUGUGAGGAAGCCAUCCAGCUGGCUUAAGGAAGGUUGGUGGUUCUACCCAGGUGCCUGCCUGUGAUGAAUAGGGUUCGUCCACCAUCAAAGCUGGAAAGUCGCCGUAUUACCUAUAAUUGUGUCUGUGCAAUAUUGACCCAACAAAAUCAAAUCCGUAUGACCUCAAAUUGUAGGUGACUUAAAACCCAACAAAAGCAAACAAAUACUGCAUGACUGAUACUGUAUACACUCUACAUACUACACAAGUGUUUAAAUAAAUGAAUACUGCUUUAAACUUACAGGAUCACACUUGUUUCACUUUUUAGCUCCACUGUUCAGAGAAUAGGGGUGCUAUUUUACACAUCCUUGCGUCGGUGUCGGCGUGAGCAUCCUUGGUUACCUUUGUUUUUUCUUUUGUUACUAUUGCUUAUAUCUUACUGUAACUUCACAUUAACAUUAUUCAGCAUGUAAACAAAGUAGGUGCAGGGGCUGCGCCUAUUAUACCCAAGGUCAAGGUCACCAAGGUGUUAUACUUAGGUUAUUUUUAAGGUUUAAGUUUUUCGGCAACCUUUGUUUUUCUGUCGUAUCUUUGUUACUUUUGUUUAUAUCUUACUGUAACUUCACAUAAACAUUUAAAUAAAGUAUGUGCAGUGGUUGGCCCAUUAUACCCAAGAUCAUGGUCACCAAGUUGUAAUACUUGGAAUUAAUUAUGUCUCCCACCACACAGUGGCGUGGGAGACAUAUUGAUUUACUCCAGUCUGUGUGUCCGUGUGUCUGUCUGUCACAAAGCUUGUCUGCACUCUAAGUCGAACAUUUCUCAUCCGAUCUUCACCAAACUUGAACAAAAUGUGUUUGACCACAAGACCUCGGCCAAGUUCGAUAAUUAGCCAAAUCGGCCCAGGCACUUCGGAAUUAUGGCCCUUGAAUUACCGAAAAACGCUCAGAUUUUAGGCACAUUCCUGGAGCCAAAAGGACCCCUAUACUACUAAUAACUACUAAUGAGUAGUAUAGGAGUCCUUUUGGCUCCAGGAAUGUGCAUGCAAUCUGAGUAGUAUAGGAGUCCUUUUGGCUUGAUGAAUGUGCAUGCGCUCUAGUAGGGCAAGUUCGAUAAUGAGCCAAAUCAGUCCAGGCACUUCGGAGUUAUGGCCCUUAAGUUACUGAAAAUCGGCCUUUUUAUUCUUGUCCGUGCUCUAAGUCGAACAUUUCUCAUCUGAUCAUCACCAAACUUGAACAGAAUGUGCUUGACCAUAAGUCCUCGGCCAAGUUCGAUAACUAACCAAAUCGGCCUAGGCACUUUGGAAUUAUGGCCCUUGAAUUACAGAAAAUCAGCCUUUUUACUCUCGUCCGUGCUCCAAGUCCAACAUUUCUUAUCCGAUCUUCACCAAACUUGAACCAAAUGUUUUUGACCAUAACUCCUCGGCCAGGUUCAUUAACUAGCCAAAUCGCCCGAGGCACUUAAGAAUUAUGGCCCUUGAAUUACCCAAAAUUGGCCUUUUUAGUCUUCAGAGGUAUAUUUGUAGUGAGUAAACAGUAUAUAAAGACUUGACUUGCUAUUUAGAUGAUUAUGCAGUUGUGGGAGACAUGCGCUUUUCUCAAAAGCAACUCUAGUUUAUUGUUAAUUUUUUUGAAAGCUUUGAUUUUAGACAUAUCUUUGGUACUUUAAAAGAUAAUGACUUGAAAUUAAACACAUUUCUUUAUAAUCAUCAUCUGCAUGUGUUGUUACAAUCCCCAAAACUCUAAUUGUAUUUUUGACAGAAUUAUCCUCCUUUCAUACUUAAAGUUUCUUGGCAAUUCGCUUUCUGGAUAUAACUUUAGUACAAUAUAAGAUAAUGACUUGAAACUUAAAAUAUGUGUCUUUAUCAUCAUCAUCUGCAUGUGUGUAAUCUUCCUUUUAAAGUAGAGGUCUCUUAUUGAGACAUAAAUUCAUUUUACUGUCAAAUCACCGAAUAGUGGAGCGUGCUGUCUUGUUAAGCUGGCAGGAGCACAAAAUGCUGAAGAUCACCCAGUGUUAACAUCUGUAAUUGUUUUCAUGCAUCAUCAAAAUUUUACUGUUUCACCAUGUCCAACGUAUACAUCGCAUUUACGGUGGGUAAAUACAAUAUAUCAUGUAUGCAGCGUACCCACCGUAAAUGCGACGUAUACAUUGGACACGGUGUAUUUACACUCGAGAGGCAACAAUUUUGGCCCAGUGUUAAUCAAUUUUGCCCAGAAUGUUUAUUUUCAUGAAAUCUUGGUCUAGUUUGGAACAGUUAAUUUCUUCUCAAUGACAUGUAGUCUCAAUUCAAAUUAUGGCCCUUUUUCUGCAUAAAGUUUUGUGUAGAACUAAUUAAUUAAAUUAUGGAAGUGUAUCCUAGGGAAAACUAUAUACCGUGAAAUCAUUUAAUUUCGUGGGCAUGAAAUUUUGUGGUUUUGGUCAAAAGGCAAUUUUGUUGGGAUAUGAAUUCGUGGAUUACAACUUUUGAAUAUAAAGAGAAUGGGAAUUUUACUUGUUUUUUAGGAUUAAAUUUCGUCGAUUGACUCGACCACAAAAUCCUCAAAAAUUAGUCCCCCACGAAUAUUAAUGUUUUCACAGUAAUUAUAUUGGACUGAGACUUUACUCAUGUUGUAUAACCAAGUUAGAUAACUCUUGGUUAAAAUCAGUUCAAGUUAUGUCCCUUUUUUCUGCUCUAAGAUUUGUGUUAAAUUAAUUAUUAAUAAUUUGAUAAUGGGAGGUGUAUCCCAGGGAAAACUACAUAAUCAUAUUGGAUUGAAUCUUCAUACAAGGCAUCUUUCUUAUCAAAUAUUAUUCUUAAGUAACCAGUUUAGAGAAUUCUUGGUUAAAUUAAUUCAAAUUAUUGCCCUUGUUUGACUUUUUAAUUUUGCUAUAAUGAUUUUUUUCUUUUGUGAAUAACUCAAGUACACAAGUCUUGCGAAGGUAUGGUCCUUGUUUGACUUAGAAAUUACUGAUUAGUUGAGUACGGUAUUGCUGUGUUAUGGACAGCUCUUGUUUUUUGGAUUAUCAUAUAAUUGCCUGGUCAGAAUGUUAGUCUUUAUGAAAUUUAUAUCAAGUUUGAAAAAUUAUCAUCUUGUAUAAAUAGACUAUGCCAAUAAAUCAAAAUAAAGAAAAUUUAGCAGUUUUUUACCUGGCCUGAAUGAAAAUUGAUCAAGUUUGAUAGUUUGGUAUAUGGGUUAAAAAAGAGCCAUUGGGUAAAAUCAUAGAAAACUUUGAUCGCUCUAGAGGCCAAAAUUUCUACCUGAUUUACAUGAAAUUUAGCCAGAAUAUGAAAUAUAUGGCUGAGUUACUGGAGCAUAAAAUCUGUGUAACUGUGUAUGUCAUAGAAAAACGUUAUUGAUAUUCUAGAAAUAAAACUUUUGACUGGAUCA